UGUCAGUUUGUUUACCAAUGAACUGAUAAAUAGAAGUUGAAAAUGAUUUUGAAAUCUAUAUAAAAGUAUAAAAGAACUUAAAAUGUUAUGAUCACGGUACAAGUUUGCGAACGGCAACGGCAACGCCGCCAGGGUAUAACAAUACCUCUAUUUCCCCCCCCCAAAAAAGAGUCGAUCUAAAAAGCAUCGCUUCAUUCUUUUUUUUCCUGGUAUUUUUUCCGUACUGUUUGAAACUACAUUUUGGAUAUAUAUUAAUAUAUAUCUAUCUAUAUAUUUUCCUCAGUCUUUCGCUAUUUCGCGUAGUCACGACAUAAGAAAUGGCUGAAAUCAGCGACCAUACCAAUUCGGUACAUUGGUAUUAGUAAACAAGGUUCAAAUUACCGCUUUAAUUACGAACAAACACUAUUUUUAACGUAUCGUUAAACUUUUGUUAACAUAUUGAUUUUGUGUUUGGUUAAAAUGUUUGCACACAAUGCGUGUACAUAUUUUAUAUUAUUUAAGUUGGAAAAUUUCGUAAGGGGAAAAUUAAAAAAAAAUAUGAACGUAUUACUUACGAAUUAAUAAAGCUGUUGAUGAAAAAGAAGUUUUAUUAUUUUAAUCCAUUUUUAGUGAUUUAUUCAUAUUAAAUUUGUGGAAAUGGAUCAAGAACAGGUUAUAGAAUUAAAUGUUGGUGGAAAGCUGCUCACGACACAUUAUUUUACCUUGAUGAAAGAAUCUCCAACGAGGUUGUCUAAGAUGUUUGAAAAUCUAGAAAUGAUUCCACGUGAUAAACAAUGUCGUUUCGUCAUCGACUUUGACGGAGAUAUAUUCGUGCAUGUUCUCAACUAUUUACGGACUGGUUCUCAUCCUCCAAAGGAUAAAGUUUUAGAGGUAUAUGAAUGUGCCGAAUAUUUCGGUAUCAAAUCCAUGGUUGAUGCUUUGAGGUUAUUUAUACCAACCUGUUGUACGCAAGAAUGAGAUAACAGAAUUGAAGAAAAACUUCGACAACGAACAAUAUGAAGUAUUAAAACAACACGCUGUGGAAACCCUAAAUGGAAUGUUCCAUCCCGGGGAAAAUAACUUUUUUGUGUUUGUCACUUCGCCAAACAACUGCUCACAGAUCUAUCAAAAUAAUGGCAAGACGUAUGUACAUUCGUUUUCGUUUCAUAAUCCAUGUUUGAGUGUAAAACCUUUAUUUCUUCACCUAGAAAAAUUCGGAUGUGGUAUACUUCUGUCAAGUAUCACUGAAGAACCGAAAGUAAUAAGAUGCCUUGGGUACGAUCUGUGUGAACUAGGCUUUGGUAAUAUUCCAUAUUAUUCAUUAACUCAAUUAAAAUGUAAUAAAUGUGGGUCUUUUCAAGCCAAAAUACUUUACCUUAGACAAAAGCUUUUAUCGGAACGUGAUAAGUACGAGAACUACUGGAAGUCAUAGAUAAAGUUACAGAAACUGUAAAGUGAGUGGCUUACAUAAAGCAUUUAUUUAAAACUAUAAACUAAAUCUUUGGUUUUGGUGGGUUUUUUUAAUAUACACACGAGCCAUUUUAGCAUGCCCAUCCCCCGCAAAUGUGUUUGCUCAUUGGAAGAAUGUGCAGAAUAAUUCAAUUAAAAGAGGUUUUUUGUAAUGAAAACUGAUGACUUAAGUGAUUACAGAUUUGAAACCUAUGUGAAUACUGAUGGCUGAAAAUAACAAAGGCCAAUAACUGAAAACAAUGCGGGGUAGGUUAUCAUUCUUGUGUGCUGCACUCCUCCUCAAUAAGAUCUAUCCACCUACGAAGUUUGAUGUUGACAUGUCAAAGACUUUUUGAGAUAAGCUUCGGACAAAAAUGUUGGUCGAAAGGACAGACGGACGGAGAUUUUUUCUAUAGAUAUUGAAUUGAACUUGAAUAAGUGUAUUGUCUACAUGUUUAUAUGAACUGAAAAUGUUUUAUAUACGUAUUUAAUCAUUAAGGUAACGCUGAUUUUGUGGACAAAGCACUGAUGACCACAUAUACAAUGAAUGCUUCCUUACAGUAUUAUACUAUAAAAAAUUUAUUUCGACAAAAUUUUCAAAAAAAUAAUAAACAAUCAAACGAGUUUUUGUACAGGAAAAAAAAAUACUAUUACACCUUAGUUGCUUAAUUUCAGUAUUUUACUCGUAUAUAACAAUUAAUUCUACAAUGAUUACAAAAAUAUAAACAAUCAAUUGAAUUUUUGUGCAAAUAAAUACAGAUGAAAAUUUUAUAACAGAAAUUCAAAUUCUUUCCUGUAGUUAUUUAAUAAUAAGAGUUAAAAUAUACUUUUUUCUGGCUUAUAUUUUUUAUUUGAUAUACUUCAUAUUAAAUGGAACGAUUUACUUACUGUGUUUUAGUUUUCUAUAUAAUUUCACAAGCCUGCGUUACAGGAUAUACACCGUGAUGGGCAAUUGUCAAUAUACACAAGAAAUAAGAAUAAAAUUUAUUUUGUAA